AUGGCUUCGCAAACACCAGAACCCCCACCCAAAGUCCGUAGAGGGCCUCGAGGCAAUAAGCGUGCCCGCCUUGUCUGCCUUCGGUGCCACGAGAAAAAGAUUAAAUGUGACCUACAAGUCAACAACUCCGAAUGCGAAUCUCCGAGAUGCUCGAGGUGCGAGAUUGCUGGGUAUGAAUGCCGCCAGGUUCAUGUUAAAACUGAGCCAUCUGUCCACUGCGUAGUAACGGAUGAUCGAAUGGCCACGGAAAGCACUUCGCAUUUCUCAGGAGGAAUUGGGAGGCCCCCACUCUCCUAUCCAAGUUCUCCGGAAGGCAUUCGCCAACCAACCUCCCAAUUUCCGUCAGCUCGGACAGCCUCCUUACCCGUUAAGGCGCACGAUAGCGGACAAGCCCAGAAUGCCCUGUAUUCCAGCGGAUCAGGUCUCCUACAGAUAUUGGAUAACUCUGCGGCAAUGGGCCAGCUCAACUCAUCUCAACCGGUGCUGCAGCCUGUAGAUCUACCAUCCCCGGCAUUGCAAGAAAGUUUCAUGGACACUUACUUUCAGUUUUGCUACACAUGGUGUCCCAUUCUCGACAACUCCACUCUCUUUCCGGAACAAGAGGAGUCCAACUCUGUCCUCCUCAACCAGGCAUUAGCGCUUCUUGGAAGCCGAAUCCAGCCGUCCGUACUGCAGCAGGUCCCUCCAAUCGUGUACUACAACCGAGCGAAAGCCCUUUUUCUUGGGAACCAUGAAAGCAACCCGAUAACAUGCAUGAAAGCACUUCUGCUGUUUUAUUGGUGGGGAUCGGCUCCGAAUAGCCCCAGCCUCGACACUGUGUGGUGGUGGACAGGUGUUGCCAUCAGGUUAGCACAGCAAAUUGGCUUGCACCGAGAGCCAACGCCUGGUCAGGUUAUGCGACCUAAUGAAUCACCAGGUUUGCGACGAAGACUUUGGUGGACAUUGUUUGCAAGGGAACGCCUAACCAGUAUAUGCCAAGGCAGGCCUUGCAUAAUUGAUCCCUCAGAUUGCAACGUUAGAGAGCCGUCCCCGGAGGACUUUCCUGAACCAAAAGACCAUUUCCGCGUGCAAACUUUUAUAUAUUGGGUUCGACUUUCCAGUGUUGUUGGCAAAGUUGCAAAAUAUCUGUUACAAAAAAACGAAACAACCCAAUUCCCAGGGCAUUUAGCCAGGGAAUUAGUUGAUUGGGUUCAGUCCCUUCCUGAGCCAUUGCGCCUGCCCAUCGCAACUAAUCGCACGACACCAUUCAACCGGGAUGUGCAUCAAUUGCAUCUACCUUACCUUACCACAAUAACCCUUCUGUAUCUAACAAAAUCCUCCCAGCCGCUCCGCAAAGCGUAUACCACUGCAGUCCUUUCUGCGUCCUGCGUUGCCCGUAUUUUCGAGGACUUCUUGACACGAGGCUCCAUACGAUUUCUCCAGGGGAUGGGGGUGUGGCACAUUGCGGUUGCAAUCUUAGCACUUUUGCAUGCGCGUCGAAUACAAACCUUGACCACAACUGCGGACAGCCAUAUCAAAAUCCUUAGAAUUGCCCUAAAAGAGAUGGCCACAAUGUGGCCAUCUGCGAGCAUGUUGGACCAAGCAUUCGACGGCCUUCUGGCGAAUAAUCGAUUUGCUGUCUCCGAAGAGCGGUCCCCAACGCUCACUAUGGACGUGAGACCUAUAAACUCACUCUCUGAAUUGGCCGAUCUUGCAACCGGAACACUUAUAAAUGCGACAGACUUUUACCCUUUUGCUACGACACAGACGAGCCCUUUGGUCGAAAUAUUGUUAACGCAAAAUACUACGAUGAUUUUCGCUGAUCUCGAAUGGCCGCGUGAUAUCUCAUCCCAACUGCAUGAUUUACUCGAUUCGUUUGGAGGUGUUUAG